GUGGGGCCUUCCAGAUAUAAAUAUAAAGAUCAGCACAGCACGAAGCCAGGUCCAAACCCCCUGACUUUGUCAGACUGACAGGCUGCAGACAAUCUUCAGAUCCUCUUCAACAUCAACUGGAAACAGGUAAACGUGGCAAUGUCAGCAAUGUCCGACAAGCAAUCCCAGCUCCCAGACGAAGGGCAAAUUUCUAACUACUUUCAACUGAUGGUGCAGUCGGAGGUUAAUGUGGAGAAAUUUUUGUUACCAACAAUUGCAUGUGUCACUAAUUUAAGUGACCUAGUGCGACAGGUUAGAAAGAUAAAUGAUGUUAAACUGAAGCCAAGCAAUACAGACAAGAAAUCCUUGUUUCCAAAUCCAGAGUCGUUCAAGAGUUGCCUGAUGAAGCUUUGCAAUGAAACCGUAAACUCACUUGAUGAGACCAGCAAUAACUUGCUUAAAAUCCGGAAUAGUUGUAAAGGUAUUACUAACCACCUGGAGAACUUCCUAAAAGCACAAGCAUCAAAUCAACCCUCUGACAAGCAGCUGAACAGCAUUCAGACUUGUGCAAUUCGAUGCAAGGAGAAAGCAGAUUCAGUGGAACAGAAGCUCUUCAGUCUGAGUGGUCUUUACUGUGAGCUCCUGGAGAGGUGUGCAGAUUCCCAGAUUGCCAGUCAGGAUAAACUGGAAGAAAUAAGGGAAUUCCUGGGAAAAGCCAGUGAAAGGAAUAUGGCAAUAAAGAAGGCAAAGAGUGAGUUAGACAAUGAAUGGAGUCAAGUCUCCCAAGGACGUGAGGAAGUCCUCAAUAAAUAUGCGGAUGUGAGCUCCAGUGCUCACGUUGAUGAGUUUUGUGUGGAAGGUCUGAAGAAAAUGAAGGAGAUGCUCCCUGAAAUUGUGGAUUUUUUCAGUAAAGUGACCAAUCCAGUACAGCUGGCAGUGGAGCUGGGGAAAGGGUUAGUGUUUCUCACAAAACUGAUAGCUGAUCUCUCCGGCAAAGGAUCUUCAGAAUCAAACUUGGAAAUCAGUAAGUUCCUCAGCAUGGUUCGAGAACAGGCAGAACAGAAGAUCAAAGAAGUAAAACGCGAGCUGGAGAAGUCACAAAGUAAGUAUAAAGAUUGUUAUGAAAAUAUGAAACGUUUGGAUGCAGAGAGUGAACAACUAUCAAGAGCGAUACAGGGCACUCAGUCCCAGGAGGAGGCUGUCAAGACCAACCUACAGCUGAUGGUUGAAGGCCUGGAGGUACUUGGGAACAUCCAAUCCAACUGGUCAGAUAUGAUCAAAUUCAUUCAAUGCGUCCCCAAGCUAACUGAAAGUUUCCUGAAGACAUUUGCCCAGUUUGGUAGUAACGCUGAAGGAAUCCCAGAGUGUGCUCCAGAGAUUUUAGCCAGCAAUCAGAUCCAAGUGUCCCAGGCAGUCAGCAUCAUGAACAUCAUUGAGAAAGUGUCUGAAACCUAUGUGCAGAUUUAUGAGGAUUACCUUCAAACUCCGCUGCGUGACCUGAGCUCAUUGCUGGGUGGACAGGGCUCAGACAACAAGUUUAAUGAUAUUCAGAGAAAAUGUGAAACAGCAAAAGAGAAAAUACGUGAUCGGGUCACUCAGAAACAAGAAGCAUUUACCAAGAAUGGGACUGAAGCUAUUAAAAAACUCUGAUUUGCUGAAAUAAGAAAAUCAAUCCAAUAAAAGUGCCAAUUGCUGAUCUUCCGCCUCUGUUCACAGUAUGUUCUAAUGUUCCUGGAUUCUCUGUGACAUUAAGAUUCUAACUCUCUCCGUCUUACAUAUAUUCAAUGAAGGAGCUUCACAACCCUCAGCAGAGAGAAUUUCAAAGGUUCACUACCCUCUGAGUGAAAAAGAUUCUCAUCUCAGUCCUAACCGAUUGUCCACUUCACCAGCUCUCUCGUCAUACCAAUUGGACAUUUUUUUAAUGCUAAAGCUUCUACUUUUGCACAUAAAUCACCCCUGAAACUCAAUUCCAUGUUCAGUUUACUG